AGAUUAGAAGCAAUGAAAUGAGAGAGCGUGUAUAGAAGAAAGCAAAGGCAGAGAAGAAAGGGGACAAAACUAAUAACACAUCAGCAGCAGCAGUGGCAGCACCCGUCCCGGAGGCGGAGAGAGACACAAGAUUCCUCUCCCUUCACCCUCACUCCUCUAUUCUUUCUUCUUUUCAAGAACACCCGCUCUCCCCUCCAUCUCAGGCUUUUGCAUCUUGAUUACAGAUGGGAAGUAAUGGUGGUGAGCACAUAAAGGUAUCUGGAAAUGAUGCAGCUGAAUGUUCUGAAACAACCGUUGAGAUCAAGAUCAAGACAUUAGAUUCUCAAACUUUCACAUUGCGAGUGGAUAAACGUGUGCCUAUUCCUGAACUAAAGGAUAAGAUUGCUUCGGUUACUGGCGUCCUCUCUGAGCAACAACGCCUAAUAUGCCGUGGAAAAGUCUUGAAGGAUGACCAGCUUCUCUCAGCUUACCAUGUGGAAGAUGGUCAUACCCUGCACCUGGUUGUGAGACAACCAGUACCUCCAACACCCGAGAGCUCAUCUGAUCAUCCAGGUGAUACGACAGCAAGUGCCGGAAAUAAUCCUGGUAAUCGUGUUGGUCCUGGUAUGGUGGUUGGUACCUUUAAUAUUUCAGAGCCUGGAGAUGGAGCUUUUCCUGAUCUCAAUCGGAUUGUUUCAGCUGUACUUAAUUCUUUUGGAGUCACAAGGUUUGGAAGUGCCACUGAAAGUAUUGAUCUCAAUCAACCUCCUUCAGAACGUCUGGCGACGGCGUUGGGCCUCAGUGGUCUGAGAACUUCUGGCAGUCUACAUUCUGAUCAAGCAACUUCAACCGCUGGCCCUGUGGAACCUCUGCAGCCACCGGUUAUACCCGAUUCAUUGACUACUCUGUUGCAGUACUUGAGCCACUUGAGGCGAGAAUUUUUUGCCAGUGCUGGAGGACAAAAUGCAAAUUCAAGAAAUGUUGGUGGCCCUGGGAGCAACGGAAAUGUUGUAGAAGCUGCUCCCUGUUCUAGUGAUUCCAGAGGGCUUCUGACGCCUGAAUUCUUGGCAGAGGUGAUAUUGUCUACUAGGCAACUGCUUGUUGAACAGGCCACUGAAUGUUUGUUGGAACUUGCAGGACAACUGGAUCGCCAUGCUAGCGUGGCUGAUGCAUUGGAGCGGUCAAGAAUUCAAUCUAAUGCUAUAAGAUCAGGAGCUCUUUUUCAAAAUUUGGGUGCUCUGUUGCUUGAGCUUGGUAGAGCAAUAAUGACCUUACGGAUGGGUCAAACUCCGGCUGAUGCAUUGGUGAAUGCUGGACCCUCGGUCUUCAUAUCCUCAGCGGGGCCCAAUCCUAUAAUGGUUCAGCCAUUGCCUUUCCAACCAGGAGCGAGUUUUGGUUCAGUUCCUGUUGGAACUGUUCAACAUGGCUCUGGUUUACCUGGUGGAUCUGUUACUCCAAGUUUUCUCCCAAGAAAUAUUGACAUCAGAAUUCGAACAGGUUCGGUAUUUCCUCGGAGAGAGCCAACUGGUUCACAGCCUCAAGGGCAAGGUGCUCCAGUGUCAUCCAAUACUGUAGAAUCUGGUGAGCGAGAAGCUGCAGGGCUUGAUUCAAGUUCACAUAAUAGGGAACCCCAAUUACGGGCCAUUCCUAUAAGAACUUUCAUCGGUCCUGCAUCUGUUGGGCGUGGUUCGGAUUCAUCUCGUGGUUCAAUAGGGAUUUUAUACCCAGUUAUGGCAAGAGUUCAACAUGUAACUUCAACAAAUCCUAAUGGUAUAAGAGCUUCUCAAUUAUCUGAUCAACAUCAUGUUCCUGAUGUUAACUCUGAACAAUCUACUCCUGAUUCUACAACUCAACAGCAAAACACUGGAAUUCUCGGGGGGAAUGGCAACAGUACUUCACCUGCUGAAGUGCCUAGCGAUCGAGGAUUCCCUGCUCAGGUACAAAGUGGACUGGAGCAGCUGCUAAGGACAAUAUUUCCAGGGGAGCAUUCUCCCAGUGACAACGCCAACCCCACAGGUUCAGUUCCAAGUCAUUCUGAAGCAGCUCAAGUUGAUACUUCUCAGGAAGCAGCACCUAUUGUUAGUGAUGAAGCAAUGUUUUUAUCCAAUAUACUACGUCAAGUAAUGCCCAUCAUCUCGGAGAACACUGGAGCUGCGCAAGAUAUGCCGUCAGCCGAAGGAGCAAAUUCUGUUGAUACACGGGCUGAUGACGAGGGUGCAUCUUCAAGGCGUCGGGGCAGCCCUCAGUCGCAGCAAAAAAAUUCAAAACGCCAGAGGAGGGAAUGAUGCGAACUCGACUCGGCUGCUUUGCGUGCUACCAUUUGGUUCAAGACAUGCAUAUACGUCCUCUUGUAUAAACAGCCAGCUAAAACACAGCUCUAGUCCUAUAUACUCGUACAAGAAUUACACAGUAUAUACAUAGUUUCCAUUUUUAUUCUUUUCUUUUUUUUUUUGUGACAUUUUUGAAGUCUGCUGAAUGUGGGGCGUUUGAUUUCUGAAUACAUGUGGCAAACUCGUUCCAUUUCC